AUGGUGUUCCAGAAGUCACCAGAUGGUGGAUGGGGCUGGAUGAUUGUACUGGUGUCCUUCUUUACCCAGUUCUUGUGCUAUGGAUCUCCAUUAGCUGUUGGAGUUCUCUAUCUAGAAUGGCUGGAUCUAUUUGGAGAAGGAAAAGGAAAGACUGCAUGGGUUGGCUCCCUUGCAAGUGGAGUUGGACUACUUGCAAGUAAGUCUUUUAGAUAAAGCAUAUGAUUUAAAAUGCAGUGUUUACUUAUUAAAUGCUUUUAAAGUGCAUAUACGUUAUCUUUAAAUUUCUGGCCUGAAAGAAAUGAAUUAUUUUAAGAAUAGUUCCUUACAUAUAUUAGAAUAAGAAUAUAAAGAAAGAAAAUGUCAUUUGACUGUCGUCAAGUUGAAAACAUGCAACUUUUGAGAAAUUGCAAAUAACUAAAGUAAAUUGGCAUGAUGGCUUGGAGUAAGGAUUGACCUCUAAUGAAAAUUAGGUAAACAUAUUCUCUUUCCUGAUAACAUGCUCUGGAUUGUGUGGUUCUACCCAGAAGCUAGUCCCCAGCACUGAAUUCAAUUGAAUUUAUUCAUAGUAGUAUUCAUAGCUAAGAUUGCAAGCUUAGCAGACAGUAGGAAAGCCAAUGUAGAUGUUGCUGAAGCCAGUUUGUGUGAACAGUGUAAUAAUAUUUGACGUAGGAAGAUGGAAGAUUGCAGCAGCUAUUUUCAGGGCUAGAAAACCUGAAAUAUGCAAUUUUUCAAAUAAUAGAAAUAGCUACUGUAGUCUUAUACACUUAUCUGCUUCAGGUGUUAGUUGAAACAUGAAACAAGAAAUAGAAAACCUUCAGAAGUGAAACAUCUGCACCAGCUUUUAAUCCAAAUAGAAAGUCCAGUUUUGUAAGCUCACCACAACCCGAAGGAGCUAUGUUUAUUUUGGAAAUAGUUCAAAUGGUGGGUGCCAUCCAGAGAAUGUUGGGCAUAUGUCUGAUCUUCUGAAAUGAUUUUUCAGUGUUUGUGGUAUUUUUUAAAUACUGCACAAUUCAGUGGAGGGACAAGGUGCUGUGAAAAGUGAAAAUUUCUUACCCUGGUCACUGAAAGGUUCAGUAAGGAAGCAGACACUGUUUUCAACCUGCAGAGCUUUCUCUUGAAUUAUUUUUUUAAGCAAAAAAAUUGAAUUUGUAAUAUGAUAAUUGUAAGCUGUAAGCUGGACUCUAAUCCUUUGAGCUCUCAAAGUCAUGCUGUGAAACUAAUUUUCUUAAAUGUAAGAAGUUGAUGAACCAGCUUUUAUACAAUUCCACAUGAUAUCUUCGCACAUAACAGUGAGUGUUGUAACUUAGAAAGACCCACUAUUUAUUGGGCAUCUCAAUUUAAACUGUGGUUUCCAGUUGUAGUUUUGAGGCAAGCUGCUUGGCUUACACAGGCAGAGCUUUCCUAAUUGUGUGUCGUGACACGUUAGUGUGUCGGCUGCAGUGUGUUGGUGUGUCGUGCAAAUCUCCCCACGUUCUUCCCAGGGCUGGAAGGGGUUUAGUUUAACCUCCAGUUUGCUAGUAAAACUGAAUUACAAAAUGAUGCAUGUCUAAAAAGUGUGUCACCAACAUGAAAGUUUGGGAAACUCUGGUGUAAAGCAUUGAUUUGGAUGUCGUGGCAAGGUGAAUAAAAUAUGUACCUUCUGCAAACCACACAGGCUUUAAAAACUGUUCUUGGUCUUUAUAGUAGACUGGGACAGCAUGGCUGGCAGGGACCAAAUUUGUUGCAGAACGUCCCACACAACCGUAUCCCUCUCUUCCACAGUACGAUCUCCAGUUUAAUACUGGGAUUUAGUGUUUGCCUUUAUAUCCCGUCUUUCCUCAGAAGAGCUCAAGGUGGUACAUGGAGUUCUGUCCUGUCCUCUUUCAUCCUCACUACAGCUCUGCGAGGUAGAUGAGAAAGAGAGUAACCGGCCUAAGGACUCCAUGGCUAAAUAAGGCUUUGAAACUGUGUCUCCCCAGUCCUAGCUUGGUACUCUGUAUCACCAACACCACAUCACUCUGCCUCUCAGGGAUUCAAUCUAAGACAGGAUUUUGCCCAUAAAAUAUGAUUUUAAAGAUUAUUUUUUUAUGUGGUGAUGACGUUUGGAUCAAAAUAUUUAUCACCAGUGCUUAUGAAGAAAAACGCAUUGCCCUUGAAAAGUGAUUUGCUGGAUUUCAAGGAGUGGGUCAUAAGGACAUCAUAUUUAAGCUUUAGAAAUGGCAUUGCCAGCUGCAGGAGGGAAGGCUAUCCUGUUUCCCUCUCCAUGGCAACCAAGGCUCUUUGGAGGUGCCUCAUCAACCAAAGCAAGGAAGAUGUAUAGCAAAACAUCCAGCCUAAUUUCCCAAGUCGUAAACUCUCGUAACACCCCUGCUAGUGGGGGGGAAAAAUCCCACUUGAUUUCUUUUUUUACAGUACAGUGAGUUUUAGGCAGGGGUCAGCAACCUUUUUAAGCUGUGGGCCAGUCCACCGUCCCUCAGACCAUGUGGUAGGUUGGACUAUAUUUUGGAAAAAAUAUAUGAAAGAAUUUGUAUGCCCCACAAAUAACCCAGAGAUGCAUUUUAAAUAAAAGCACACAUUCUACUCAUGUAAAAACAUGCUGGUUCCUGGACUGUCCGCGGGCCGGAUUCAGAAGGCUAUUGGGCUGCAUCUGGCCUCCGGGCCUUAGGUUGCCUACCCCUGGUUUUAGGUAAUUCUUAGUAAAAUAGAGCCUCAUUUAUUGAAUGCUCCCUGUACUCUUCUAAAUGUUAGAUGUGCAAGGGAUAACUAAUUUGGAUAACCAAGAGCUGGUUACUGGUAUUUCUUCUUUUUCUGUCAUUAUCUAUAGCUGUAGACAAUAAAUGUACUGGGUUUGUGUAAGUGAACAUUUAUUAUUUUAAAUAUUAUGGGGUGAAAACACUCAAAAUUUUGCAAGUCCUUCAUGUUUAUUUUCCCCCAUUGAUUUAAAUGGUACUAAAGUGUGCCUAAUUUAGUUUGGAUCCAGCCCAUUCUGUUUAUUUUUUAAAAGCAAAUGCAGUUUUCUCUCUUCCUUGGCCUAUGUGCUGUGUUAUCACUGUUUAUAUACCUAUAAUUAUUAUCUAUAUUUUAGAUGUAAUGCUCAUGAACAUUCAAAUGAAAGCAUGAAGCUUUUGCCCUUGAAUUGUGACAUCUACAUUGGUGAGAUCUAAAUCUACCAUCGGCUUCUCCUGUACCUUUAGGGCUUGGUGGCAAAUAGUUUUACGGAGUAUUACCGGAAGAAAUACCAAGAAAAAGUUUUUACCAUUAACCAUGGCUUUAAUGCCUCCCUAAAUAUCUGGAAAUUCAACACUUUAACUGUGUGUCUGUUGCCAAAAAUGGAGCCCUGUGUUUGGCUCUCAUUUCAUAAAACUAAAUAAAAUUUAUACCUAUGUCCUCAAAUUUCCCCAUGCCUUCUGCAGCAACCACCAAUGAGGGAACAGGGAAGGGAACAUAAUGACAUGGAAAUGUCUACCAGACAUUGCAGAGGCAGAGGACAGCUGCUGCUAAACCACAGAGCUUCCAUCACUGGCAGCAGCUUCUAGUUUAGCAUAACUUCUACUUCGGUCCUUAAAAGUGCAUAUUAUCUUGGUUACUAUGCCCCAUUUCCCCAAGCAAACUAGAAGAGCAUAUAGCUAGAGAUGGCUUAUAGUUCCCCUCCAUUUGCCAGAAUAUUGAAGAUGCUAUGGCAGAGUCAACAGCUGCUAGCAUUCUGGUGGUUGCAGCACUAUGGAAAGCUCCAAGUGAGCAGCUGUGCUCUGGCAAAAACUGGAGGUGGAGUGGGGUCUUUUGAGUCCAUCUGUCCCAUUCAUCCAGCCCAUGGUUCUGCUCUCCUGCUGGAAGAAUGCAUGUUUUUAAAGGGCCAACUCCCUGUCCAGAAGGAGUGCUUCCUUCUGCAUUGACUCCCCAGGUAAAGUGAGCUUAUGGGGAAGAUGUCUACAAGCAUCCUGGUUCAGGUUCUGCAGCCUCCUGACCACCAGGCUCAGGCUCAGCCUGUGAACCCUGGUCUAGUGUUAGAGCAGCCCCAGAUUCAUCAGGCUCAUCCCCCCUCUGACCAGAGCUUGAGUGCAGGACGGUAAAGCACUUGUACAUUUUGUCUUCUGCAUGCAGUACUGUAGGUCCAGGCUUAGGUCUCCUGCCUAUGACUGCACGCACUGCCAGGUCAGACCUGCUUACCAUGCUAACAAUGCUCUUUGAUACCUUGUCUAUUUCUUACUAAAUAACUUGCACUAAUACAAUCCCAUUGCUGGUAUGUGGUUUCAGUUUGCAACUAACUCACUCAUUGUUGUAACAAUGUAGCACAUCACUUAAUUCAUGACGGCUCGUUAAGAUAUAGUGGCAAAUUAGUCUAUUCUGAAGCCUUCCAUAGUACUCCCAUUUUUGUGACGUGCUAUAAAAUUUGCUGUGUAAGUAGACCACUUUAGAGUUAAGCCUUUUUUAAACCAGCUCAGCGAAAAAACUUAAUACAUUAUGCCAGCCUCUUAGCAAGAAAUAACUGUUUUCCUGCACAUUGCCUGGCACACUGGUAGUUUCUAUUGAUAGUUUCUACAUUUAGUUUCUUUAAGGGUCCCUAUCAGCUUCAUUUGAAUGAAGAGUUGUGGAAGACUACAGAAUCCUGACUUGGAAGCAGGGACCUGUUGUCUUGUACAGUUCCUUGCUGCAUCAGUACAACUCUUCUGUUAAUACUCUGUUAAUAUUAUCUUCUAUUUAAAAGAAUUUCUAAAAAGAAUUUCCAAAAAAGUUGAAGAUUUUUUGGGGAAGGUAUCUAUCUGCCUGGCUAUUGUGAGAAUAGAGUGCUGGACUAGAUGGGUUUUAGGCCUGAUUCAGCAGAGCUCUUCUUAGGUUCUUGAGUGAUGCUCAAGGUUUACUGAAAUAGCAGAAGAAUGUUGUAAUGAUAGAGAGGUUUAGUUUCUGGAUUUCUUCUGAUACACCAUUUUACCUUUGCCAUUAGAUCAAACAUCCACUGGGGUAAGCACUGCUAGCAUAGAACUGUGCAUCUAUUUUGCUUACUUGAUCAAGCGAAAUCAUUAAGAACAACUUUCUCUCCAGUUGAAAUCCUAGCCAUGCUUGCUUAGAAGCAAUUUGAUGGAAAUAUUUAUGCUUAUGUUUCCUGUCCCCUUUUUAGGAUUACAGCGUUUUGUCUCAUCAGUUAUGUAUGCCGCUGAUCAAAUAGCAUGUCUGCUUCGAAGUCCCUACUUUGAGUCUAGGAAUGUAGGAAGUUGCCUUAUAAGUCAGAACAAUUGGUCCAUCUAGUGUCUACACUGACUGACAGCAGCUGUGCAUGGCUCUAGGCAGGUGGCUUUCCUAGCCCUAACUUAAGAUGCUAGGGAUUGAAUCUAGGAUCUUGGGACCUUUUGCAUGUAAAAUAUGUGUUCUGCAAUAUCUGGCAAACAUCUGGAAAGAUUUGUAGGAAAAAAUACUGUAGGAAGCUUGCAGGCAAUAUGUAUUUAUGUGUCUGCACCAGUUAGUGCUGUUGUAUAUUCUAUAUUUUGAUUAUGUUCUUUUGGGGUUAAACAACUAUUUUAUUCAUCUGAAAUGUGAGCUUUGAGGGCUCUUUUAGUAGCCAACUCAGAAGCAGGAGAAGUAAUAAAGGACAUUGUUGCUAGAUAAAACGGAUUUGUCAGCAACACACCGUAGAGAGUGGCACAGUGGGAGCUUGUCUCACAUAAAGCUGCUCCACUGUAAAACUAGUUGCAUACAAAGUUAACAGUUCUUGAUCAAACAUAUUUUCAGGGUGGGUGUCCUGACUGGAGAGAGGGGGGUACCUAGUGAAACCUCAGGAUUUCAGGCAGGACUCAGGUAGCAACCUCUUAUCAUGCACAAAGUCACAAGGCCAGGGGAAAGAGGUUCGGUUUUUCAGAAAUUGCCUUGCAUAAUUUGCAUUGUGAAUGUUUUGGGGACAGUAAUGCAUUUCUGCCUGUUUUUAUAAGUUUGUGUGUAAGUGUGUAAAUAUAUAUGUAAGCCCUCAUGAUCCAUGCAGAGGAGAUUGAAGUCCAAAGGAUAUAGGUAAAAUCAAGCAUAUUCUUAAAGAAUAAAUUUGUGCUUUUUAAAGUGUAGCUGUACAAUGCUCUUUGUUAUAAAAUUGCUUAAUUUGUCACCUAGCUUGAGGAAAUCCAACAACGGGUAUACUAGGUGGAAGCACUAGCCGUGGCACACUGUAGAUGGACGGGAGGGACAAGGACUACAGAAUUAUUUCAAACUAGUUGGGUAGAGAUCAUGUGGGGAAGCAGAUGUUGGUGAAAGAGUAGGUAGCCUCAUUGACUCUUGGAGUCAUAACUGGACCACCAUUUCCUGGUUCAGCCAAGACAUAAACAACUGAUUGGAAACAGAGAGGUGAUCUCAGUUCCCCAAGCGUCAUGGAUCUUUUAAAAAUAGAUGCCUUCUUUCAUAUUGAGAGCAAUUCUGCUAAGGGGAGAAAUCUCUUUAGCUCUUGCUUAUGGAACAUUAUUUUCUUUUCUGUUCUUUCCUUUUCACAAUUCACUCCUCUUGUUCUUAAAUAGGUCCUAUUUGCAGUUCAUGUGUAUCUGCUUUUGGAGCAAGACCUGUAACAAUCUUCAGUGGCUUUAUGGUUGCUGGGGGUUUGAUGAUGAGCAGCGUUGCACCCAAUAUCUACUUCCUGUUUUUUUCCUAUGGAAUUGUUGUUGGUAAGAAUCACGAAAGAUUAUUUUUGAACAACCCCUAAACUAAAAAGGGGGUUGGAGGGGGUUGUGUGUCUCAAUUUCAGAAUUAAAAUGCUAAAUCUCCCUUUUAUUAGUAGCAGCAAAGAAUUAUUAUUAUUAUUAUUAUAUUUCUAUACCACUUAAUAUAUUAAAAAAUCACUAAGCGGCAUACAAAAAACUGAAGCAACAGCAGACAACUUAAUUCUUGUGCAGUUUUGAUGAAUUCAUAAAAGGCUUAUAGGCAGCUGCCUCACAAACCUUCUUCAGGUGAAUGGAGGUUGUGUAGCAUUGGGGGCGCUUUGUCAGUUUCACUUCCAAAAUGGCUCUUUCUGUGCUGUUUUAAUUUAAUGAAUCAAAACUGAACCAUUAGCAGUGUUAAUAACAAGAGUGCCCAAUUCUUUAUGAUUAAUGCUUUGCCUUUUUAGGACUCGGGUGUGGCUUAUUGUACACAGCAACAGUAACCAUCACAUGUCAGUAUUUUGAAAAACGCAGAGGCCUUGCACUUGGUCUAAUUUCAACAGGUAUGGUUUUUAUCUCUAUUUUGAAUUACCUUAUACUGGUUUAGGACUUAGUUAUGGUUUCAUUAGCUGUGAUUAUUGCAUCUUAAGUCUCAUAGAAAAGUGAACUGUUUUGAAUAUCUAUAGUUGAUAAGCAUUGUAUUUGUUCUGAGCAAACUGUGAUUAAUAUGCUUUCCCAUCUCUCCAGCUUCUCAGCUUCCUAAGUCACAAGCAGGUCCUGCUGGUGCCUCUGCCUUCCAGGGGAAGGGCUUGUCUAAGCAAGCUAAACCAUUGGUUCAUACAUAGGUCAUUUGGUGCCAUGAGAAUGAUAUCUUUGCAUAGGCACUCACUUCUCCCCUUCUUUUCUGUCUUCAUGUUCUCCACUUCAGCUACUUUCUUUUAGUGCAAACUCUGGGUUUGUGCUUGCCCUCCAAACCAUCUUCAUAUCUUCAUUUGCUCUCCUGGUUUGUAAGGCAAUGACGAACAAUAAUUUUGCUGAUUUCAGCAUUAACUGGUCAGAAAAUCGGCAUUAUCUUAGACACACCUAAUCCCUUUGUACCAUGCCUGACAAAUAAAAAUAAAAAGAAUGCAAAACUGUACCAGAUUUUAUUACUAUACUUCUGGCAAUUUUUUCACAUACCUAAUUUGUCUUCAGUUAAUUCAUGUUUAUUAUCAGUCAGAGUCAGGUCAGGUGUUAUACAUCAAACAAAAAUGUUCUUAACAGAAAUAUUUAAUUUUAAAGCAGGUAGUGCAUGAUAUAUGGUAGCCAUGCCUGCAUUCUCAAAGAAAGAGGAAACAUACCACUCCAAAAAGGGAACAAAGAUUUGCAUUUUUUAACAUGUACAUGCUAAUUUAUAUGUAGAGAUUGAAAAUCAGAAAUGCUGACUAUAAUUUAAAUAGAAAUGAAAUGCAUCUCAUCAUAGCGAGGGAGACUGUGCCCAGGGGACCUGUGUGCUUUCUUAGUCUGCUGUCUAGCUCAGGCAUCCCCAACCUUCGGCCCUCCAGAUGUUUUGGACUACAAUUCCCAUCAUCCCUGACCACUGGUCCUGUUAGCUAGGGAUCAUGGGAGUUGUAGGCCAAAACAUCUGGAGGGCCGCAGGUUGGGGAUGCCUGGUUUGGAUGUUAACAGUUGAUGGGCCACUUCCAAGACCCAUAUUCUCUUACAAGUCUUUUACCUGUGAACAAAAUUUUGAGUCAGACAAUCUGCAAAAUAGAGAACUGGUACUUGUAGACAUAUAGCCACCCUAACAUGGUUGUUUAUUUAUUUAAACAUAUCUGUUCCCUUUACAAAGAAAAUUUAUCCUCAUAGUGAUGUCCAAUACAAUUAUCAAUAGUUCAUCUAUUAUUUUAACUAUUUAACUUUGCCAAGCACACCCACCCUGGUAAUUGCAGCCCUUCAGCCAUGGCAUGACAGCCCACAGAGAAGCUUGAUAAAUUUCCUGUUUUUGCUUGCCUGCCUGGGAGUUCUCGAGUUCCUGCCAGGCCACAGUAUGGGCUGGAGUUCUUUGUUCAGCUUGAUGAAGAGGCCUGAACUGUGUUACGAACACAGGAUUUAUUACCCAGUUUCAUAAAUCACACGUUCAGUCAGUGGAUUGUGUGGAGCAUUGAAGUUGUAGGAUAUUUUAUGAACUCAUAUGUUUCCAUUCUCUCCUUUCAGGAUCGAGCGUUGGGGUUUUUAUAUAUGCAGCAUUACAGAGGGAGCUAAUUGAACUGUAUGGAUUAGAUGGGUGUCUGCUUAUCGUUGGUGCAUUGUCUCUAAAUAUAUUAGCGUGUGGGAGUCUGAUGAGACCUUUGCAGUCGUGUGGUUCUGCCUUACCAGAGAAGCCAAUCCUCGAGAAGGUUCCAGAUCAAUACCUCAUUUAUAAUGAAAGAGAAAAGAACGCUUAUGAAGAAAAUGUACUUGAAAAAGCCAGCAGUGAAGGAAAAGGUGUGAACCAAACAUCCUGUGGUGACUGCAAGCAGGAGUCAGCAAUAACAAAGAACAAUCUAUUAACAAUAACACCACACGAGAGAGAGACUUACAGACGGAAAGUUGUAGAACGGACCUAUUUCUGUAAACAGCUUGCCAAGAAAAAAUGGCAGUUAUAUUUAGACUACUGGGGGGAAACGCUGGGACUUUUUAAAAACAAAGUAUUUUCAUCACUUUUUAUUGCCAUCUUCUUCUUUGACAUUGGCGGCUUUCCUCCUUCAUUGCUCAUGGAAGACAUUGCAAGAAGUUCCAAUAUUGGUGAAGAUGACACUGUCAUUCCUCUCAUUUCUGUCAUAGGCAUCAUGACUGCCAUUGGGAAACUUGUUCUAGGAAUACUGGCCGAUUUUGAAUGGAUUAAUACCUUAUAUCUAUAUGUCCUGACUUUGAUAUUGACUUCGGUGGCACUAGUAUUGAUUCCGUUUGCCCAAAAUUACAUCACACUGGCAAUACUUUCAGGGGUUUUGGGUUUUCUGACAGGCAAUUGGUCUAUUUUUCCAUAUGUUACAACAAAGACUGUAGGAAUCGAAAAAUUAACACAUGCAUAUGGCAUACUGAUGUUCUUUGCUGGACUUGGAAACAGUCUUGGACCACCAAUUGUAGGUAAGGCUGUGUUUUAACAGGCAUAUAUAAGUAUUCUGAGGUACUUUACAGCAGUUUGUCUGCUCUCAAUUUCUACCUGUUCAGUACUCAAUUUCAUAACUUCACUCAUGUCUCCAUGAUUCAGCAGCCUGUUUGGCAGAACAGUAACUUAACUAUGGUUUGUAGAUUCAGACACAAUAGCAAACUGCUGCAAAUUGUGGUCCCCAAAGCAGCCUCAAACUGUGGCUUAAUGUCCUGGUUUGACAGUCCCUUGUAAGCCACAGCUUGGCUAGUCUGAUGUGGCACGUGAAUGCUGACAAUGUGUUGCUUCAUUUGCUUGUGCAGAAUAUUUAUUUUACAAUUACACUGUUGUUUUCGGGGAAAUGCAGCAAGUAUUCUUCCUUUUACUUUUUAACUGCCUGGCUGCAAGGUAGUAGGUUGCUUGCUUUAUCUGUUCUGUAAAAGCUACUUCUGACAGCUUCUCUUUUUGUUGUUGCUUUUCAGGUUGGUUUUAUGACUGGACAAAGUCUUACGACAUAGCAUUCUACUUCAGCGGACUUUGUGUUCUGUUUGGAGGGCUGCUUCUGUUGGUGGCAGCGCUGCCAUGUUGGAACACCAUGAACGGUAGCAAUCAAGCUGAAAAGCCACUUCCAAAUAUUUACUCCUACAAAGUUGCUUCCAGUGUGUAG